AUGGUCGUGCCAGGUUUUGAAGAAGUGCUCGACUCCAUUGGAUCAAGAGGAAAAUUUCAGACGAGGCUCAACAUCGUGUUCAAUUUCAUCGGCCAAUGUGUCAACUUAAUAAGCGUAAAUGUUUUCUAUCUUGCAAUGCAGACUCCUGAUCACUGGUGCCACGUUCCUGGCAGAAAAAGUGCCAACAUGUCGGUGGAGGAGUGGAAAAAUUUCACAAUCCCUAAGGAAGGAGACUCGUUCAGCAAGUGCCUGAUGUACAACCAGAGUGAUGACGUCGACUGGAGCAACAAAGAACCCGUCCAGUGCCAGCACGGCUGGGACUAUGACGACACGUGGUUCUCGCUGACGGUCCCUUCGCAGAUGAACUGGGUCUGUGACAGCAAGCACGUCACAAAUGAUGUCUUGUUCUACGCACAGAAUAUCGGAGUUGCUCUGGGACUGCUCUUUGGGUAUAUAGGCGACAUGUACGGCCGACGGCCCCAGCAGUUCCUGUGCAUGGCGGCCCAUGUUAUCAGCAGGCUUUUGCUGGUCCUCACACCAGACGUCCUUUUGCUCUUCAUCCUGGCGGAGUCCCUCAUAUCAGCUGCUGCAGGGCCUAUGAUCGAAUCAGCGUUGGCUGUUGGUCUGGAACUGACAGACAUCAAACAUCGGACGACGCUGAACUAUUUCUCAAGCAGCAGCUUGGGGGUUGGCAUUAUGGCUUCCGGCUUCUUAGCUUGGCCUCUCCGCAACUGGAACUACUUUCUGUCUUGCUCUGCAGCGUUCUGCUUAGCGCUGUUUUUAUUCUUCAGGUGGUUCCCAGAGUCACCGCGGUGGUUGGCAUGCAAAGGUCGCGAGGAGGACGCCUUGAAGUUGCUGCGUCGCAUCGCCACCACCAACGGCGGUGAGGUGCCUUCGUUCGCACCGCAGGUGAUGCGGACCGUGGCCAAGGCCCAGAGGGACAGGAAGGGCUUCCUCAGCCUCUUCUCCAGCUGGAACGUCUUCAAAAAUACUGUGCUGCUCAUUAUUGCAAGGUCUACGCACCUGCUGACGCUUCACUCGCUGGUGAUGAUGGCUGGCGGCGUGGGCGUGAAUCCUUUCUUAGCAGUGGCAGCGCAGGGCGCCAUCCAGCUGCCCGCCUACUGCGUCGUCCACUACACUGCUGCGCGCUUCGGCCGCCGCUGGUCCGCCGUGGGCAGCGCCCUGCUCGCCGGCAUCACCUCUGCGGCCGUCUCCUGCAUGUUGGCCGCUAACUUCAGUGGACUGGCCAUUACGAUGAUGAUGGUGAUAACGCAGUUCUUCACGACGGGCACAAACGGUAUGGCCAACCUGCAGAGCGUGGAGGUGCACCCCACGUGCCUGAGGCAGAUCGCGGCCUGCGUUGAGUGGACCGGAGCUGGCGUCGUCAUGUCCGCCCUGCCAUACGUAGCCCUCAUGAGCGACAGACGGAUGCCAUGUGCCAUCCUCGGUGCUCUUAACUUGGGUACAGCGUUUGCUGUAUCGUUUCUUCCGGAAUCUGCACUGCAGAGGUUACCGGAGACAUUACAGGAUGCAGCCGUCUUUGGAAAAGACCAGAAGUACUGGAGCUGGAAGCCCAAACCACCUCCAGGAUAUGUCACGAGGAAAACCAAGUUCGAGAGUUCCAUUUAA